UAUAGAAAAGUAGCUAAUAUCCUACGCAGAAAGUGAGACUGAAUAACAUGCACAUGCUGAUUGCUGGAGGAGAGGCUGAAGGACAUCCUGUUUUGACUUAGCAGUGUUGUUGUUCUUUGGGGUGAAAUGAAGAAUUUAAUUCUGUUUUGGAAAUAUUCCGAUUUCUAACACAACUGAACUUCAGUAGCCUUUUCUGCAAUAGAGAUUUCAGCAAAUGCAGAACCUGUCACUAGUAGAAGGUCUUAUUAAUACAGACACACCACACCAGAUGUCUCUAAAAGACCUAGCAGUUGGAGUAGGUGGUGUGUCUCUAGAUGAAAGUGACUGCAAUUUGAAUGAAAGGACAAAUAAUGAAAUUAUUAAUCUUGAAGUAAUGCAGGAAAGCCUCUCUGUGGUGAAUAGCAAAGAGAGAAGUUUAGAGGGGUUUUCUGAGAGCAGUUACAGUACCUCAGAGCCCAGCAGUUCCUGGGGUGACUUUGAAGGCUUCGAGGAGUCCUUAGACAGAUCAGAGAGAUUCAGUCAUAAUCUUGAAGUGAAGUCAACAAAAGUUUACAGAGUUGGUAAGGACUUUAGCAGCGGACAUUGUAGCACUUCUGCUGGUCACUUUUGUUCUGCGCCAUCUCUACACAGUGGAAUACAGGAGGCUUCCAGCUCUCUAAAUGAGGCAAACCACAGCUAUGAGGAUAUAUUUAAGUUGGGCUUUCCAGAAGUCUUUGUAUCACAGUCCAGAGAGAGUGUAAGAAGCUUAGAUCAAGUACUUGAUACAAAUAAUGAAGAUGUUGGGAUUCCUGAAUUUAAGAAGAAACAACUUUGCAUUGAUUCUGGAAACAUAUGGAGAACACUUAGAGACUUUGAUAAUACCCCCAGUUUAAGACAUCCCUGGAGUAAAUCUCAUUGCCAAGAAAACCUCUUGAGUGUUCUUGGAAUAGAUGCAAAUCAGAAGGACUUUUUGGAGAGCCAGGAUGAUAUUUUUGAGGAAUCAAAUGUUAAAGAUAAUGAGGACUUUGGAUUUGAUGGAUUCAGUAUUAAUGACUGCAAAGCACUGAUCCAGACUAAGCUUUCUGUAUCACCAGAUUCUGGACAUGGUCAUCUUUUCACCUGUAACCUCUUUUUGAAAACCACAUCACCAAAUGGAAACAUGCAAUACAUAACAAUCCCAAAGAAGAAGCACAUUUUUGCUGCACACAACCUAAAAAUGAAAUUUUUCAGUAGUGAUAUAUGUUGAAUGAAAUGCACUUUUUUUUUUUUUCUUUUUUUGAACUGACUACAGUUCACCUUCAUUUUGUUAACUGGCUUGGUACUAUAGACUACAUAAUGUUCUUUAGGAAAGUGACAUAUUGCUAUGUCAGGUACCUAAAGCCAUGCUACUAGAAGAUAUUUAUCCUAAUUAGUUAUGAAGUUAAAGGUAUAAUUUUGUCCUGCUAAAUUCUGCUGCAGGGUCUCUUACAGUAAAUCCAGCUGCAGUUGCACCUUAAAGAUACACUGGUGGACUACUCUCCUGAACUACUGACCUUUCAGGCCUUUAAUGCCUCUUUGAUCAAAAACCUUGUUUCCCUGCCAAAAUCUAAACACACCUCAGGUGUGUUGUAAACUGUGCCUUGUCACCAUCUCUCCUCAUAUUUGGUCCAGUUUGGAUCAGCUGAGAUCUGUUACUUUGCCACUGCUGAACAUGAGAGGAGCCUUCUACACCUGGUGGCUUUCACUGCAGUUUAGGAAAAUAAAACUCUCUUAACUUCUGACAAAGCCUACUGUGGUGGCAGGGGUAGUGUCAGUGAAAUGUUUUGUUUUGGCAUUAGUUUCUAACUGAAAUAAAUCACCUCUCUGAAGCUGAUUUUAACAGGACUUCUUGGAUUCAUUCAAGCUACCAAACACUUGUACCCCACACACCCGUGCUUGUUAAGGAUUAACAGGGGUGUAGUUCAGGACUUGCACAAUGCUGUAAAUUGCUGCCCUCUUAAAAUUUUAUAGUAACUAUUGACUAUGUUGCCCUUCUUCCUUCAUGUUUGAGUGCCAGAGGGGAUGC